AAACUCCGCCUGUCUUUUUCUUCUCGUCUGUCCCGCUGCCUACUCCACUCACUACUGCGCUCUUUUGCCUCUCGCUUUGGUUCUUGCUCGUUUCUGGUUCUUUGAAUGCGGCCGGUCCCUCACAUCUGAAUAGCCUCAGCAUCCCAUCCUUUUGCGCGCCCUGCUUUCCUUAUAAGUACAGGCUCGAGGUCUCCCACCGCCCCGUCCAUUCUCUGCAACCACCACACUCCUUGCGCCGCGUUCGUUCUUCGCUGUCCAUUCUCUCAGCAAGGCGAACUUUUGCACACACACACAGUCUUUUCCAAGGCAAACCACUCAUUUCGAGAAAGUAUCUUUCCCCUUGAUUGCGAGUCGAUCAAGCCCAUACUCUCGACGAGAUCAGUCACGAAAUCCAACCACAGAUACCCACGGCAAAAUCCAAAAACCCAACCGCUUCGACAGCGCCCCACUAGCUUUUGCAACUAAACGCUGCACAUUCUAGAAACGAGAAUCCAUAUCCAAAAUGAAGAGCUUCGCCAUCUUCGCUCUCAGCGCCACUGCGCUCGCCGCACCCGCCUAUCACAAGCGCGACUACGUUUACGACACCGUCAUCGAGAGCGUGUAUGAGACCGUGUACACGACCACUACUCUGUGGGUUGAUCCCACGCAAACUCCGGUAUCUAGCGCUGCGGCUUUCUAUGAGCAGCCCCAGGCCGCCCCAACCUCAAGCAGUGCAGCACCAGCCGUCGCCGUGAACACGCCGGCAGCAGCUGCUGCCGCUCAAGUUCAACCGGAGCAAGCUUCCCAGGUCACCACCUCUGCUGUCUACGUUGCUCCUACAGAGGCGCCGGCGCAAACUUCAACCACGUCAGCCGCAGCCGUAGUCUCACAGCAGACCUAUGUUCCACAGGCACCAGCUACCACCACUACGGCUAGCACCCAAACUGGCACCUCAAGCGGCGGCGGAGCGAUGCACACCGGUGACAUGACGUACUAUGACGUUUCCGUUGGCACCGGGUCCUGCGGCACAACGGCCUCCAACUCUGAGUUCGUCGUCGCGCUGUCUCAUUUGGACAUGAACAAUGGCGUCAACCCGAACGCGAACCCACUGUGCGGCCAGAAGAUCAACAUCUACUACAACGGUGCCACUCACCAGGCCACCAUCUUCGAUACGUGUCCUACCUGCGCGGAAGGCAGCAUUGACGUGACCCAAAGUUUGUUUGAAGCCGUUGCUCCGAAUGGCGACGGCCGCGUCCACGACGUCACCUGGAGCCUCGCAUAAAUGCUCUCUCCACCAGGUAGUGGAAAGCAUGUAUGCAUGCCAUUGCCAGAUGGCAACAUUUCUACGAAGCGCAAGCGCGUGGAAUUGAGGCAGGCCUCAGUCAAUCUUUGUUUUUUAACGACCUAACCUUCUCGUGGCUUUGUUUUGAAGAUCAUUCUUUUCCGGGUAUCUUAGCAACGGCCAUGGAAGCAGCCACAAAUGCUUUCGCUACGACAAUCCGCGUACCAUCAGCACCACGGCGUUUACCUCUCCCUUCACGUUCUGGGCAGCCCCAGAGCAAAAAACAAGAACAUGGGCGUUUGGGUGAGACGAAACAGAUAACAAAAGCGAAAUUCCUUCAGCAUCCAGCGUUCUGCAUGUCCGGCAUCUUGAUGAUGCUGUUCAUCCAUCUUCAUUGGGGCUGGCGAAGAAAAGCGCAUCAAGCACGGCCUUUCUUGCCGCGCUUGCAAUUCAAGUGUACAUAUUUAGCCACCAGAAUGGUGAAAUGGUAAAAGUCUUCUUCCCA